CUGAGGGUGUACAACCACAGGGAGUGGGUAGGUUUCUUUUCAAGACCCUGAGCCAGGAUCUGCAGAAGAAUGGUUCUCUAGGGGAUCCAGCCCAGGGGCUGACUGCUCUGCACCAGAGCAGAGGGCAAGACUCAAAGAAGGUUUGCCGGCAUGAAUAGCGCAGCCAGCCUCCUAGCAAAUCAACGAGAACACCCAGAGAACACGCACUGCAGGCUGCGCCCAUAGAAAAUCCUCUCUCUUUUUUUUGCUGUUGUUUGGGGGAUACCUGGUUAUAAGCACUGUCUUGUCUGCUGCUGGGACCAGGGUCGGUCCAGGAUGUGCCCUGGGGAUUUCUAGCGGCAUGGAAUGGCUGAGGUUCCUAUCUCUCUCUGCAACACACUCCCAGCUGCAAAAACCCAGCUCAGCAGGAAAGCAAUGAUAGCCUUGGUUGGGUGACAGCCCUAAUUGCAGGAGAAAACAGCAGUGUUGGCCCACAGCUAUACCAGGAAGAAAUAACACCCCAGUGGAAAGCCACAGGAAACACCACCAUCAGUGCGAAGCACCCAUUCAAAGCAGAAGUCAAGAUGACAGUCGAGGGGAGAGAGCUCAUCCUGGAUGUUGAGAAGAAUGAGCACCUCUUUGCACCAGGCUACACUGAAACCCACUAUACCCAGACUGGAAUGCCCCACACCAUUACUUUCAACCACACAGACCAUUGCUUCUACCAUGGUGUUGUGCGAGGCAUGGAACAAUCCAGCGUCACACUCAGCGCAUGCAAAGGGCUACGUGGUCUUAUAGUACUGAGCAGCAACCUCAGUUACAUCUUAGAGCCGGUCCCCGAUAGCCAGGAUCAACACUUGGUCUACAGAUCAGAACAUUUGAGGCUUCCCAAGGGGACUUGUGGAUAUCUGCACGAAGAAACGACAACCACACACUGGCUCAACACAUUGACAGGCCGGGCCACAGCACACCAUCACAGGGUGAAGCGGGAGGAUUUGCAGUCUACGAAGUACGUGGAGCUGCUGCUUGUGGCUGAUUUUGCAGAGUUUCAGAAGAAUAACUAUGACCUUCAACUAACGAAGAAUAAACUAGUGGCGGUUGCUAAUUACGUAGAUAAGUUUUACAAGUCCUUGAACAUUCGGAUUGCCCUGGUGGGGCUGGAGGUCUGGACUGACCGAAAUAAGUGCGAUGUAUCCGAGAAUUCACAUUCCACCCUUUGGUCCUUCCUCGCUUGGAGGCGCAAGCUGCUAGCCCGCAAAAAGCACGACAAUGCCCAGUUAAUCACUGGGAUGUCGUUCCAGGGCACCACAAUCGGCUUAGCUCCGCUGAUGGCCAUGUGCUCCGAUUUCCAAUCUGGAGGGGUGAACAUGGAUCAUUCCGACAACCCCAUCGGCGUCGCCGCCACCGUGGCCCAUGAGAUGGGCCACAACUUGGGCAUGAGCCACGAUUCGGCUGGCUGCUGUGCUGCCCACGCUGACGACGGAGGCUGCAUCAUGGCUGCUGCCACUGGGCACCCAUUCCCCAGGGUAUUCAACACGUGCAAUAGGAAGGAGCUGGACAGGUACCUGCAGUCCGGCGGAGGAAUCUGUCUCUCCAACAUGCCAGACCCCAAUACUUUAUACGGCGGGAAGAGGUGUGGAAACGGUUACCUGGAAGAUGGGGAGGAAUGUGACUGCGGAGAAGUGGAGGAGUGCAAUAAUCCCUGCUGCAACGCCAUCGAUUGCUCCCUGAAGCCUGGCGCCGAGUGUGCUCAUGGAACCUGCUGUCACCAGUGCAAGCUGAUGGCUCCAGGAACUCUCUGCAGGGAGACGUCUAGACCCUGUGACCUGCCAGAGCACUGCACUGGCAAGUCAGCAUUCUGUCCCGCCAACUUCUACCAAAUGGACGGUACGCCGUGUGCAGGAGGGAGGGCGUAUUGCUACGUUGGCAUGUGUCUCACGUACGAGCAGCAGUGCUUGGAGCUCUGGGGGCCUGGAGCGAGGCCUGCACCUGACCUGUGCUUUGAGAAGGUUAACGCUGCCGGCGACACCUAUGGGAACUGUGGGAAGGAUGUCUACGGCACAUACAGGAAGUGUGAGACGAGAGAUGCGAAAUGUGGGAAGAUACAGUGCCAGAGCUCUGCUUCCAAGCCACUGGAGUCCAGAGCUGUCCCGAUAGACACAACCAUUAUGGUGGAGGGAAGACCGAUCAAGUGUCGGGGGACCCACGUGUAUGGUGCUGAAGAGAGCGAAGGGGAUAUGCUAGACCCUGGCCUGGUGAUGACGGGAACAAAGUGUGGGAACAAUCAUGUUUGCUUCGAGGGACACUGCAGGAACACGUCCAUCUUUGACUCUGAAGGCUGUCGGAAGAAGUGCCAUGGGCAGGGAGUGUGCAACAGCAACAAGAACUGCCACUGCAAGAGUGGAUGGGCACCCCCGUUCUGCAACAAACCUGGGAACGGAGGCAGCCUGGACAGUGGGCCCUUGCCCCAAGAAAGCCUGGUUCCAGUGAUGGCAGGAGUCCUGGUUUCCAUCUUGCUUUUGAUCGGAAUAGCAGUUGCGUUUUGCUGCUAUAAAUGGAAGGACAGACUCCGGCCUCUAAAAGAGACCAUCAUCCCUUCAAAGAGGAGCCAACAGUUUCGCAGUGCCUCUGCUCCAGGUCAGUAUGGUGUGAACGGCCAUGCAAAUCCAGCCUUCAAGCUGAAAACCCCACAGGAACACAAAAAGGCUACCUGCACCCCAGGAAUCCCAUCAAAGCCUGCAGUGCUUCACCCCAAACCAGCCCCAGAUCUCAAAACUAAUAUACAGCAACCACCUGCUUUCCCAGCUGGCCUCAGCAACGACACCAGGAAAUCCCCUGGUCCGGUAUAUCGGAUAGAUGGGAUUCCGAAGGACACUGCAAGACGAGUUCCUCCAACCAGGCCAGCACCCCCUGCUCCAAAACUCAUAGUCCCACAGGAUACUGCUAGACCCCGCCCACCACAGAAAGCUUUGCCGGCAAACCCCGUUCCUACUGGACCCAGGACUGUGCCAAAGAUUAACACCACAACACUACCGCCACCUACUGCUGGAAGGCACCCAGGACGACACCCUCCACCGGCAGAGAAUUCAACGGUGAAGCUAGCCGGAGGAGUGAACGCCUUGCAGAAAUGAUGGCCAGGCACUCUGUGCUGCAGGGCUGGGGUCAUCCAGCCAAACAGGGAUUCUUUCCGUGUCAACUUGGGAUCUCAUAAGGAACUGGAUGUCUUUGUCACCAGGAAGCAGAUACACAGGUCAUGUACAGAGCUUGAUCCCUCUCCCCCGGCCCCAUGUUUCCCACCUGACCCACUGGGCCACAUCCGGCCCUGCACAAAUGGAUGUCGCUGCCAGUGCUGGUGUAGGCAGAUGCAACGCUUACUGACGCCAAUGGGAAUUGCAUCAGUAUAUGCCAAGGCUGAAUUUGGCCCACUGUGCCUUUGGCUUCCUGCAAUACAGGAGUUACUUGUUUAAAAUGGCAGUGAAAUAUUAUUGUGCAACGUAUAAUGCAGAAGAGGGGGGCUGGGGAGAGAGCGUGCUCCAUAUUUUAAAAAAUAUGACCUCACCCACCUUGUCUCUCUAAUAUCUUGGGGCUGGCAUAGCUACACCUCCACUCUAUAUUUCAUCAGUAAUUUAGUGCUCCAGUGCUCAGUGAUCUGAAUUUGUCAGCUGCUGGACUUGACAGGCGGUGCUCUAAGGAUCAAGCCACUCUGCUUCCCCCGGUCUGUCCAGAGCAGCCACGUGUGUGUCACUGCUACAUUGCCAUUCUGUUUCCCUGGGCAUUGACUGACUGGCCAGCAGCGGGGAAGGAAACAGUGGAAAAUAUGCCACGCUGAAGUAACCUGGGCUUGCUGAUAAGUUUGGGCUGGAACCUCCUCCCAACCAGAUCAUCCCGAGCAAGAUCCUUUCCAUCACCGCCAGUCAGUUGUGUUGCAUUAGCUGCUCGAUUCCGCUGUGUCUUGUCUUGUUGAUGUAAGUGUAAGAUCUAGUAGCAUUUCCAGCUUGGUUUAUGUGCCCUUAUCAGUGUCGUUUGGACUUAGACUAGGUACUACAGAAAAACUCUCUAAAGAAAAUACAGGGUGAACAGUCAAAUGGAGUUAAAAUGAAGUCCGGGUGGUGGAACCUUCCUGCCAUAAUGGGGUACCACAGCUAACCAGACCGGUACACUUUCUGUAUAUAGCCCAUCAGCCUCCAUUCUGUGUUGAGCAAUACAGAGCAACACUGGGUACCUGGUCACCAGACUAACAAGAAACGUAACUUUAAAGCUUCCCAGUUGGGAGAGCAAUGGAAGAUUUAUAUGACAUAUGGUGCUUUUGUUGGACAGCUGAUUGAAUCCAAACUCUCCUCUAAAUGGACCUAGUGGAGGCAGUUGUCCAGGUGCACUUUAAACUGAAGGUCCUAAUCCUUAACCUUGUGAAUUUGUUUUUUUUAACCGAUUUGGGUUUCCACACAUUUUAUCUCAGGAUUUUAGAUUUGGGACAUUUUGUUCCCCUAGCAAUUUUUCAGUUUUCCUUGAAAUUACUUCAUGUGUGAACAUCAGCAAUUCCAGAGUUAGAGACACAGAAGCUAUGUCAUAUCAGACUUAUUAUGGACAGAGGUCUUCAAGCCAAAUAGUCCAGGCUGCGCAGUGUAAGAAACCCUACGAUUUGCUGCAAAACCCUGUUCUGGGUUGUGAUUCCAUUAUUGCUGCCUGGCCAUGAAGAAAUACCUCUGAACAUUCACAUUAGGUUUGGCUGGCAUCUAAAGAUGGACCGAGCCAUUUUUUGUAACAUUAGCACUUCUUCCUCCUCAAGGUUUUUUAAGUAGACGGGGCAUUUUGUUACCAUCCAGCUGUCUACUCACUGCAAUGGUUAGUUUGGACCAUCUGCCGAGAUUAUCAUACUCCUUAAAAACCAACCAAUAAUGUCCCCCAAAUGGGGCCGUAAGUGAAUGAGACUGUGACUCUCACUAACCUUGAAAUGCGUUUCUCCACACCUGGUCCUAAUGACUGUCCACUGGCACCAGUGCUUCAAUGCAAAGCAGCCAUUUGCAGUUUGAUGAAAUCAAAGUAUUUUUGUAGGCCCCUCUUUAGUUGUAUGGUUUCCUUGCAAAAGACCCUGGAGGAAGGGUGGUAAGAAGGGACUCGCACCAGCAGCCAGUUAUUUCUCAGAGUUUUUUUCUUAUCUUCUGGUGAUUGUAAUGGUCACCUUAGCUGGCUUUUCACCACGCCGUUCAUUGCUGUGAAUCAUGUUUAUUACAGCAGUGACAAGGCACCAAUCCAGAAUGAGCCCCCAUUGUGCAAGGAGUGGUAGACAGUCCCUGCCCCAAAGAGCUUACAGACUAGAUGGACACAGGGUGGGGGGAAAGGACACAUCAUGCAUUUAGGCCUCAAUCCCUAUCAGCAGAAGAUACAUAUUUUGAACAUAGCUCGACAUCUUAUUAAAACCACACACACACACACACUUAUUAACGCCUGCAGACAGCAACACCUCAGCGACAGCCUCUGGGUCUGAUCCGGGCCCACUGAAAUCCUUAGGAGACUUUCCACUGACUUCAGUGGGUGGGGGAAUAGAGCCAGGGAACACGAAGCUCAGAAAACAACUGGACAUGCCCUGAACCCUGAAGGGAACCCUGCAGUUCUGGGAUAUCAUAAAAGGGAACACUCAGUAAAUCACUUUACAUUUCCGCAUGUCUGAGCUGAGUGAAUGAAGAGGGGGGAGAAAAUAAAACGUGAUUAAAAAAAAAAGUAUUAUUUGGGAGAACAUAGACAAAGUACGUGUCACUUUCUCUUAGGUCCAUGUAUUGUUUACAAUAAUGCUCUCUGUGCACCUAUGCAAAUACUUGAAUGAUGCAAUUCAUUGUGCCUUUUGCCUCGUUUCUAGUUAAUAAAUUUGUUGUCAAUUGUCA